UGGUGGAGUGUGUCCUGCGGGAGGAGAGGGCGCAGCUCCGGUUGUUAUGGUGAAGCAUUUCCCCAGAGGGCUGGCAGGAGCAGGAGCAGGAGCUGGGGACAGCAGCUGAUGCAGUUUCACAGCCGCAGACCUGCACAGGAGCUACUACUGAUAGUCAACUCAACAGCUUACAGUUGAAGACAGAAGACAAUGUUGUUGAAGGACGGAUCAUUGAAACCUUCGUUCACAGCUCUCUUCUUCUGAAGACCUGCCAAAAAAGUGCAACAACAACAAUAAUAAGGAGAAGUUGACUUUGGAAUAUUCUCAACUCCCCACCAUGGGAUACAUGCAUCCUGUCACUUAAAGUAGGCCUUAUGUAAAUCCUACAGAUGCCCCUUUUUGUUGUCCUACCAUGUGGAUUUCUUGUCCACUGACACCAUAUACUCACUAUUGAUUCUCAAGGCCUUGCCCCUCUGUUGGGUCCAAUUCUUGGACACAGUCACCACCACUUUGGAUUAGAAGCUCAGCUGGAGCAUCCAACCUGGAGAAUAGUUUGACUCUGCCUUUCUAGCACUACCUUUUCUCUCUCUGUCUCUCUUUUCCCUCAGUGGAUCAUUGGCCACGGCCCAACAGUUGAUAUGGAUGGGAGAACUGACAGUUGGUUACAAUCCACAGCUUGGAUGAUAAUGUUUUGGACAUCUUUCUCUCUCAUUUUCCCCAUUACACCAUAAGAGUUGUUAUCAUGAAAGAUGGGAAAGAGACAUUGCAAAAAUUCCACGUGUUGCUUACUUCUGAAAGCAUGGUGAUAUCUGUCACCUGAUUGCGCAACAUACGUUGUUUUGUUUCAUCAUACUUUACAUUUUUGCUGCUUUGUCCAUACAUUUACAGAUAAACUGCAUUAUCUGUUUGUGUUCUUCCACAGGCCCUAACGUAUGCCUGUUUGGCCUUACAGAAGGGCCUCUUUGGGAGGCAUAAAGGAAGUAUAUGAUAAAUUUAGAAACCUGAAACAUUUUAUAUUGAAUAUCCUUUUGGACUAAGAGAAACAAACCGUAACAGAGAAGCCACUGUGACAGUUCAUAGUGUUGUGGUGGCAUGGCAUCAGAGCACAGCGAGCUGCUGGCUGAGAUGGCCACAAUCGGGCGUCUGAGUGCCACCGAACGCCUAAAGCACGCCCAGAAGCGGCGCACUCAGCAGCUGAAAGGAUGGGCGCAGAUGGAGAAGGAUGCAACACGAGGGUCAAGGGCCAAAGCAGAUAAGAAGAAGCCCCGCACCACCAAAGUUACAUUCCCAAAGGCCAUCACCCUGCUAGAUGCAGCUGCACGCAAUGACCUGGACGAGGUGAGGGAGCUACUUAACAGUGGUGUCAGCCCAGAUCUGGUCAACGAGGAUGGACUGACAGCCCUACAUCAGUGCUGCAUUGAUGACUUUGUGGAGAUAGUGCAGUGCCUGCUGGAUGCUGGUGCCUGUGUGAAUGCCUGUGACAGUGAGCUGUGGACACCGCUGCAUGCUGCUGCCACCUGUGGACACACUGGAUUGGUGCAGCUCCUGAUUCAGGCUGGGGCUGACCUGCUGGCUGUCAAUGCGGAUGGCAACAUGCCCUAUGACCUCUGUGAGGAUGAGGCCACCCUCGAGCUGCUGGAGAUGGUUAUGGCUGAACAAGGGAUAACUCAGGACCGCAUAGAUGAAUGUCGAGGGGCUAAAGAGGCGGCCAUGCUCGCUGACGUUCAGGCUCUGGUUCACAGCGAAGCAGACUUGAAUGCACAGGACGCUAAUGGAACAGCACUGCUCCAUAUAGCAUCUGCUAAUGGCUACAUGUCUGUGGCGGAACUAUUGCUAGAGCACAGAGCUCUGGUGGAGGUGAAGGACUCUGAUGGCUGGACGCCACUACACGCCGCCUCCUGCUGGGGACAAAUCCAAAUGGUGGAACUGCUGGUGGCCCAUGGAGCCAGUUUAAACACCAAGUCUGUCCUGGAGGAGACGCCUCUGGACGUGUGUAUGGAUGAAGAGGUCAGAGCCAAACUGAUGGACCUGAAGCACAAACAUGAUGCCAUCAUGAAGAGCCAGGACCGGCAGAAGGGCACACUGCAAAGACGAGCCUCUAGUACUGGCAGCAGAGGUAAGGUGGUACGUCGUGUCAGUGUGAACGAGCGCUCCAGUCUGUACCGGCGGGAGCACCACAAAGAGGCCAUGGUGUGGCAGGAGCGCGGCCGACAGCCAGAGCCACAUGAUGACGACGAGGAUAGACAAACAGACAAUGAGCUGAACCAGCAUGCCACCGUGGUUGCUGGUGGUGGAGCCACAUCACGUUUAGAGGAACUGGAGGCUGCAGACAGGAAAAUCAUGUCCAGCCUAGGUAAUGGAGGCACCUCUGUUUCUCUGUCCUCCUCUGUACCUGGAGAGCUGAGGACUGGUGGAGGUCUCAUGGAUCGCAGCGCCUCGUACCAGCUCAGCCCUGCAUCUGGGUCAGGGUCUACAGAGGGAGAGGGGGCAGACAGUAUGACUAGAGAGAAAUCACACCAUACCCUGGCUGACCUGAAACGCCAGCGGGCAGCUGCCAAGCUCAAUAAGUACCCAGCGCCUCCCCCGCCGCUGCCCCCUUCCUUGGAGGAGGAGCCUUCUGUUGCAGUGGCCGAGGUGACAAACACUCAGGCCCAGCUAGAGCUCCAAAUGACCCCCAAUGCAGAGGAGGUAGCCUCCCCGAGCCAGGUGUACUUCACCCCAGCCAGCGGAGACCCUCCGCUGCUGAAACUCAGAGCCCCUGAGGAGGACCAGUCUAACAAUAAGGAGCCUUGCUGUGGGCUUAUGUAGACAGCCUGGCACACACGAAGACGCACAUUUUUUUUUUUUUUAUUCUAGAAGGCGCGGAACUCUCCAGAUGCCUCUCCGUCAGCUCCGCAAAAUUUAUGCUGAAUUGUCUGUUUUACAAAUUAGUUGUGCUUUAUGUGGUUGACGUUACACGGUGAUGGCAUGUGGUGAUAAGUCCCUCAUCAAAAUCGGAAAAUCAACUUUCCAGUCUCCUGCUGACUCUGCUAGCCUGGGCUAGCUAGCCUGCUGACCCAUGAAGUUUUCAAAUGUAAACAUCAGAGUAAACGCAGUAAAAGGGGAAGAUGGCUAUCAGCUACGACCUAUGGCUACGAUCCCGACUACGUGGACAAGCAAGACCAUCUCUGCGUCCAUCUCUACAUCAGAGUGGGCACAGAGGCAAGCGUGGAGGAAUUAAACACCAACUGGCCACCUCUCUGCUGGGCAUCCUGCUAGCCAGUGUGCAGGUGUUGGAUGGUGAGCUAGGUGGCCUCUGUCAGUUUCCAGCAAGAUGUCCGGAGCUAUGGUGUCCUUUCGCCGAGACUUUGGCUGGAUCCAGGAGUGCCAUUUAACUAGGGGGACUAUUUUUGUGUGUGCCGAUCUGACGGCCACAUUCUGCUUAAUGAUGAAUCAUGCACAAGUUUAAGGAGCUGAGUGGAUAACAUUUCAUUGGAAUUGUAUCUCAUAUGAUUUCAUGUGACAAAUACAAUGGAUUGAUUGAUUGACACACAUAGUGCCUAUAGAGUAUAGAAGCUGGGCAUGUUACACUCCAAAAGUGGCAAAAACCUUUCAAAACAGAAAUGCUUGAAAUGAAUCAUUGAAGACUGUAAGUUAAGGCCACAUGCCAAUGAGGGGUUGAUCUACACUGCAUUUCAAUGAACUGAAGUGCAAUCUUUGUGCUUAUUUCCUAUUUUGCUUAUCUUUUUUCAAUAUGAUACACACUUUACACUAAAGGUCCUACCAUUUACUUUUGCUCCCUCUUAUUUAUCGACUGACCCUCUGUUGGACGGCAGGUGUCCAUCUAGUGAUGCAGUGAAUUACAGAUUCCGGUUUUGCUAUCACAAGAAAAUAUUAACUUUCCUCAGUCUUUACUCAAUACUUUAUUUAUAUCUUACUACACCACUCAACUAAAUUGACAUUUCAUUAAAAAGCCUUAGAAUUGUGUAAAAGUUGAUUUAUCCAUGUAAAGCUGAAUGAAAUUGAAUAGCAGUUCAAGAUGAUCUGUUUUAAAUUAAGAAUGAGGUUAAAAUUAUGUUUUCUUCACUGAGUGCUAUAAAGGGUACAUGAUCUACAUUCAUAUACAUUUACAUUAUAAGCCAGUUUUUUCUGGUUGGGGGAUUUCUUAGUCACAGGGGAUAGUUUCAGUAUACAGUAGAGCUACAGUACUCUGAAUUUACACAUUCACGCAAAGAUGAAAACAAGGACUGUUUCCUUGCUUGAUUUUUUUUCUUGGAUUGAAAAUAUACUGAAUUUUUUUUCUCCAGUGCACAGAAAAGCCUACAUUUCAAUAUUUCUAAUGGUGCAAUUUGUAAAUUGUCUCUAAAAGAAUGUGAGAUCAUCUACAAAUAUUUAAAUCAGUAGAUAAUUUACUCAGCCCAUCAUUAUCAUUUCUAGAUUUCUGUCAUUAUUUAAAUUUUUCUACUCUCUGAAUGGCAUUAUUUAUUCUAUCUGAUACUGUAUAUUGCUGAUGGUGUACAGUUCUAUUUUUUAAAGAUAAAAGUGUGAAGGCAAGAUUGUGAAGGCAAGAUAUUUAUCAAAGAUA